UGUACGUGACGUCACUUCCUGGAUAGCUCUGUUGCCAUAACAACGAGACGCUCCAGCUAAGUACUUUUUAGAAAUAUUGAAGAAACGUGUAGAUAUGAAUGAAAUAUGAAUAUUGAGUGUGACUAUAUAUAUACACUGCCUAUAUCAUCCAGGGUAUCGAGUACUGAUCAGGAUUGGGCUGCAGGAAAAUCCUCAUCACAGUUCAGCAGAGCCACAGAAAUAAGAUGGAGGAUAGAAGUAUUCCGGAUGUAUACACCAUAGAACAAGACAGAGCGGCACGAGUGAUCCAGAAAGCUUUCCGCAGGAUUCUGGACAUGAAUGUUUUCAAAUAUUAUAAAAAUCUUAUCAGCUUCAAAGGUCAAGGGGAUCCAAGACUAUUACUGAAGAGCAUCAAUCCUAGAGAGGCAGGACUUAUCGAUGUGGCUGCUGGCGUACAUAUCCGGUUCAGACUAGGAGGGAUAAAGUUUCCACCCAACAUAUAUUACAAGUUGUUUACACAUCGACCGAUUGUGGAUAUGUGCGCCAAUAGCCCCAAGGAUUACACCAAACCGUCUAUAAAACAACCGCUUCCAAGACAAAUCCACAAUCGUGGGGUGAUCCCUGAAGAAGAGCGCAGCGGCUGGUACAGCAGAGUAGAGAACAACGGCUGGAGACUCCUGACACUGAGGCUCUCUAGCGGUUUAGAUGAAGUGACUGCGGCUGAUAACAAGAAGAGAUUACCAUUCAACCACAGCAAACUGCAGAGGAAACAGGACGUCUUAAAAAAGCAGAAGCAAAGGAAGAUUGAAUGGAUGAGAAAGAUGUAUUAUGAAGGAAGUCUACAUGCACAGACUACAGAUCCCAACACAGCAAUUCUGGUCCAAAGAGCCACAGAUGGGGUCAUCCAGUCGGUGGAGCAGCACGGCGCCCAGGCAGUCCUGGACUGGGAGGUGGAUGAACUGCUGAACUGGACCAAUGCCCUGAACUAUGAUGAGUAUAUUAGCGGCUGGAAGGCAAUAGGAACAAGUAAAUCAUCCUGUGCAUUCGCAGGAACCACACUAGUCCGCUCUCCAUAUGAUCUCUAUGAAUUCUCAAACUUCUCACUGACCUCCAGUACAGAAGAGACAGAACAACAUCACAGAUCUGAGUCUAAGACCCUGAAUGUGACAGCGGAGAAAUGUGGAAGUCCCUUGUAAACAUCAUUUCAGAUAUCCACAGGACAUUAUUUUAGUUAUAAUUACUUUUAUUUCUGAACAAAUCUACAGUGCUGAAAUGUAUCUAACCAAAUCAUUCCUUUUUAUACAUGGACAUAACGUUUCCUACUUACAUAAUACAGAAUUAAAGGCUUUGUCCGCCAUUACCACCAUUCUUCUCUUACUGUUCCAAUUGUAAAGACUGAUUUGUGUUUACAGCUCCCAUACAGUCUCCAUGGUAACAGACAACGAACAAGCUCUGUGUAGUCUGAUCCUGCAGUUAUACUCCCUUCCACCUGUGCACUAUUUCCUCAUAGGCAACGAAAUGUAUGGUGUCAGAUUACAGUGGGAUUGUUUAUUGUCUGUAAGGCUGCGUUCACACGGCCGUCUAGACCCGUCCCGUUCUUCUCCCGUCAAAAAUAAAAAAUUGACUUAAAAAAAAAAAAGAAGAAAAACUGACAAUAGCGGAUGCAAACCGAUGUUAUGUGUUUGGAUCCGUUAUUGUUCAGUUAAUAAAAUUUGUUAUUUUUUUUGUUCCGAGUAUGGUCAGAAGUAAAAACAGAUCAAAAAACGGAUGACAUUAAAGGCUCAUCUAUUUUUCCAUAGACUUCAAUGUUAACUUUACUGUAUCCAUUUUUUCUUACAUUUUUGGACGGAAGAAAAAAUACUGCAUGUGCCGUUUUUUCUGCCAUAAAAAGAAACAGAAAUGAGUGCAGACGAGAGCAAACGGAACGGAUUGACAUGAAUGGGAUUUUUUGAAAACCGUUUUUAAUCCGUUUACAGCCUGCAAGAACGGAACCAAAACGGGGAUAAAAUAAAAAUGGUGACAGACGGCCGUGUGAACGCACCCUAACCAUGGGUCUGUAUUGGAGCUGUAGACAUAAAAUGGUAGGAGACUGGCAAAGCUGCUUCAUUUUUUAUUUUUUUUUUCAUUGAUGCAUCGGAGCAGUAAAAAAUGGACAAAGACAUUUCACCUAAAAUAAAAGGAACAAAUUGCCUAAACCUUCUUUUAAGCUUUUUUGUAAAGUUCUUACAUCUGUUUCCGUUUCUGAAAUGUACCCCAAACCUAGAGAUGGGGAAAUACCAGGAUGAACUUUUAAAUAAAAUUCUGCCCCCUGCAGUUAGAGAUCGGUUCUACCUACUGCUCACAUAUUUCAGGUAGAGGUGCGUCUAGGCUGGGUGACAAUCACUGCAAGACCUGUGACUAAAGUGAUUCCUACACAGACAUGAGGAGCAAUUAUUAACAGAAGAGGAAAACCCAAAGGACUUAGAGUUGGUUUAUUUCAGGGAAAAUGCUUUUUAGUUAUAAAAAAAUACAUAUAUACAGGUAACACCCUACAUUAUAGAUAAAGGGAGUCGGGAACAUAUGGUCUAAAAAUUAAACCCUGGCAAUUUAUCAAAAACCCUGACACUUUGAUAGAUCCGGUGCAUUCGCACUGUCCAAGAAUUAGACAGUUUUAGUACAUCUGGGUCAUUGUCUUGCAGCCAUUGUCUCUACAAUAGUUAAUAUAAUACAAUUUCUAAUGUCUACACAAGGUGGGUGAUACAUUUUAUACUGGAGUGUAGAUGGGAAUACACGUUUCUCAUAUACAGUUUCUCGUAUACACGUUUCACGUAUUUCUGUACCCUCUCAAAGACAAGAAGGCAGUCGGCACCACUGCACAAACAAUCCAUAUAUCUGAGACACGGGCACAGGUGUAUCAAUAAUAGCUACAGUAGGCGACGCUACACCCUCAGAAGGACAGGAUAUCUAGUAUACAAUCACACAAAAGGAAAAAGAAGCGGAGCGCUCACCGGUCCGAGUGCAGGCAAAACGGGACUUCUUAAUCCGGAGAUCGCAUUGGUCUAUGCAAGGAAGCGGCAGAUGGAUCUGGAGGGAGGUCAGAAGUCAGGCCACAGACCAUAUCACACUGAGCGGCCUGAUGAAGCGCCUAGGGCAGUGUUUCUCAAUUCCA